CUUGGACCUGACAAUGACUCAUUCCAGUCCAUGUUCAUUCGCACUUUGGCAUGGAAUGUCAAAAUUGCCAACUCCAGCAACGAGCGUUCUUUUGCGAUGACUGCGUAAAGAAGUACUUGCGCGACUAUCGACAACAAACAAGUCAUUUUAGCUCGGAACGAAAUGCUGCAGUGGCUAAAGCAACCUCUGCCCUUACCGGCUCAGAUAAAUCUGGAUCAACUGGGAUGGAGACUGCGAGAAUUCGUCGGGCGAACGUCUCGUCGCUAGAACGACGGGUAUUAGAGUUGAUGGACGGUUUGACUGCGUUGAGGAAGGACAAUGAACGAAAACGGGAAAGGCUACAAAUGUUGCGUGCCAAAAUAGCUGAACGAAGACAAACAUUGACCGCAGCCAAAACAAUUUCGGUCUCUCCUACAGCAUCAGUAUCAUCCGUAGUAAUUUCCGCUCAUGCUUCUCUGGCUUCUCUCUCAUCCUCAAUUGCUCAUGCCCGUACUGGUCUCGUACAAGAACUCGUUGAGGUCUUUGGCAUCUCUCAUGAUGAUACUCACUGGAUCAUUUCCAAUCUCAUCUUACCCGUCCCCGGCGACAUGCGCAGGUAUCCACCAGAUCACCUCAAUGCUGUAAUGACGUCUACAAUUCAUUUCGUCAAUUUACUCGCUUUUUAUCUCGGUGUGAAAUUGCCCUUCCAUGUUACCUGGACGAAAGGAAAGUUAGGUGUUGGCGUGCCUCAUAUCGGUGCCGUCAAAGGGAUUGGAGGCGAUACUGGUGGUUGGGCUAGGUGGCACCAAAAGCACCCAUUACAUGUUUCCGCGUCUUCCUCGGCUUCACCUCCUGCGCCGACAUCGUCGUCCCCGUUUACAUCCAUUGCAUUGCCCGAGUCGACCUCUUCUUCGAGCUCAGACACUGGUUCUCCUUCUGCAUCGACCGCUGACUCUAUAGUUUUUGACUCGCAGUCUGGGAUAGAUCCUGCGAUAAUGCAAAACCAACUUAUCACUUCAUCGUUCACAACAGGCAUCGCGAUGCUUCUCUACAACGUCGCGUAUCUCGCUUACACGCAACACGGGGUGAACAUUCCGCUAAAUCAGGUCGCCUCUGGAGAACUUUUAGGCAAUUUGUGGGGCAUUUGUUUUGGCUUUAGUAAUGGAAGUGGUAUUUUGGGUAGAUACUCUCACGAAACUGCCUCUUCCCUCAUCCCUAACCCGUGUACGUUCCCUCUUAAUCGUCUUCCACCACCGACUCCUCCCUCAUUUACACUUGAGUUUGGACAACUACUACAAGCUAUGAAAAGGAAAAAGCUAGGCGUCGGGCAUCGGAGGUAUCAUUAA